AGUUAAGUUCGAAACGCGAGAAAGUAAAGACCUCCUCAACAUCGCUUGAAAAGUUUGUGGAAAAAAAGUUUUGAAUUAAAAACAAAAACUUGUGAUUUCGUUAAAGAAUACAUUCGAAUGCGAACAUGAAUCACGGUUUGCAAAAACUUUUAUUAUUUAUAUUAUGUUUACGCUGCAUUGCCGCGCAGCAAUCAAACGUGGCCUUGUUCGCUUUGGACUUUUUGCGGCGCGGACAAAGUGAUUUGAAUUUGGAGAUGAAAGAUAAUGAAGUGAAAUUGUUAAAGGAAUAUGAUUUUAUAAUUGUGGGUGCAGGCACAGCCGGUUGUGCCUUGGCGGCCCGCUUGUCGGAGAACCCGAAAUGGAGAGUUUUAUUGCUGGAGGCCGGAGGACCGGAAACACUGGCCAUGGAUAUACCGGCCAUGGCACAUUUCUUGCAAUUAAGUCCUGAAAUUAACUGGCGUUAUAGAGCCCAGACAUCAGACCGAUAUUGUUUGGGUGUCACCAACAAUCGUUGCAACUUUCCACGCGGCAAAGUCAUGGGUGGUUCUUCGGUGUUGAAUUACAUGAUGUAUACACGAGCCAAUCGUCGUGACUAUGAUAAAUGGGCUGAGCUGGGUAAUGAGGGCUGGAGUUAUAGAGAUGUUUUGCCUUACUUUAAAAAAUAUGAAGGUUCUACAGUUCCCGAUGCGGAUAGCGACUAUGUGGGUCGUAAGGGACCGGUUAGAGUUUCCUAUACAGAUUGGAAAAGUCCUAUAGCCCAUGCUUUUGUUAAAGCUUUGCAGGAAGAUGGUCUCAAGCGCCGUGAUUAUAAUGGCCGCAUACAACAGGGUGUAUCCUAUUUGCAGAGUACCACUUACAAUGCCAUCAGAUGGAGUUCUAAUAGAGCCUAUUUGUAUCCGUUAAAGGGUAAAAGACCUAAUUUACAUGUACGCAAAUAUGCUUUGGUUACCAAAAUACUAAUAGAUCCUCAAACUAAAACGGCUUAUGGGGUAAUAUUUGAAUCUCAGGGUAGAUCGUAUCAGGUGUUGGCACGCAAGGAGGUAAUAGUGUCGGCUGGAGCCAUAAACACUCCCCAGUUGCUGAUGUUAUCGGGCAUAGGACCAGCCAAACAUUUGAGAGAAAUGGGCAUUAAGCCUUUACAGGAUUUGGCGGUGGGCUACAAUUUACAAGAUCAUUUUGCUCCUUUUGUUACCUUUCUCACCAAUACCACCAGUUUGCAUUUGACGGAUUUCUUUGAUGUUAAUAAUAUUUUGGAUUUUGGACGCAAUACCGGCCAAUUUGGUACGCCUGGAGGUGUAGAGGCCAUAGCUUUUUACGAUCUCGAUCAUCCUGACGUUGAAGAUGGCUGGCCCGAUAUGGAACUAUUUCUUAUUAGUGGUGGAAUAGAUACAAAUCCCGCUACCAUACCAGCUCUGGGAUUAAAGCGUGACAUUUAUAAUGAGUUGUAUGGGGAUAUUAUUAAAAAAGAAGCCAAUGCUUUUGUGAUAUUCCCCAUGAUCUUGCAGCCUCGCAGUCGCGGCAGAAUAUCUUUACGCAGCAGUGAUCCUCACAAAUAUCCCUUGAUCUAUCCCAACUAUAUGGCCGAUCCUUAUGAUUUAGACAUUGUAGUGAGAGGUGUAUUGAAAACCAUAGAUCUAAUGAACAGGCCAGCCUUUAAGAAAAUCAAUGCCAGAUUGUCACAAGCUACAAUACCCGCCUGUCGCAAAUAUGGCAAUCUAAAAUCCAGAGCCUAUUUGGAGUGCUAUGUUAGACACCUGACUUUCACCAUCUAUCACUACUCGGGUACCGCCAAAAUGGGCCCCAAAACUGAUAAAGCCGCAGUCGUAGAUCCUCGCCUGAAAGUUUACGGUAUUAAGAAUUUACGUGUAGCUGAUGCCAGUAUAAUGCCCAAAAUUAUAGCUGGCCAUCCUAAUGGUCCUGUGUUCAUGAUAGCCGAAAAAGCGGCCGAUAUGAUCAAACAAGAUCAUGGUUUUAUUUGAAUGAAAUCGGAAACUCAGGUGUAAAAAGAUGUUUUAUUUAUUAUAUAUAUUAAUGAUGGAUGAUAAGGUACAAUUAAUACUAAUAUUUAUGUAAUUAAUUAAUGAAUUAUCUAUUAAAUUUAUAAAUUAUUGUUUGUUGUAGAACAUGAUAUCAUUUCUAACUAAAUACAAAGAAUUUAGUUAUUCGUUUAAUAGAAAAAAUAUUUAAAAAACUGUAGAUAAAUACUCAAAGUAAAUAAAUUACAUACUAAUUAUAAAAUAAAUGUGAUAUUUAAAUUUAGAAUAUUAAAAGAAAAUAAAACUCGUUUUUUGUAAA